UUGCAAGUAUUCCAAUUGUUCGCAUUGUUGCAUAACCCGUGCAGCCGGAGGUGGGCGUUCCGACAAUGUUUUUGACAAUACAACUUUCCGUCUCUCUCCCACACGCAUAGCAAUACCGCUUCUCCAUCCUUUUCUAUAACAUUGCUUUUGUGCCAAUUAAUUACGAUCGAAUUUUUGCGCAUUUUUUUUAAAAGAUAGUUAAGUCACUCUGUCGAAAAUUUCCCGGCCAGCUCGGUCUCAUCUCGUAGGGCAUUUUAAUUAAAGUAAUGAAUUUGAACGUGGCUCGAGAGUCCUUUGAUUGAAACUUGGUAAUUUUGUGCAGUGUUAAGUUAAUAUGCCUCAAGGGCCCGCGACUAAUCCCUUUAUGAAGCCAUUCGUGGUGCUGGCGUUACCUGGAAUGUAUUUAUUUUAUAAAUACAAUCAAUAUAGAAGACGAAAGAAAGAGAAUGCUAAAAGAAGAUUAACGGAACGAGAGCUUCAGCACUUGAAUAAUAAGAUCGACAAGCUCCUAAAUAAACUAGAAGAAAGCGAACCAGAGCUCGCGACAUGCCCCGAGGAAGAAUGCGUGAUUUGCAUCAACGCCAAGGCGACGAUGCAAACUGCACCCUGCGGUCACCAGGUGGUCUGUCGAAAAUGCUUCGUUAAAACAAUUCAAAUCGCGGUCUCUCAGCGUCUCCUACCGUUGCGAUGCGUUAUCUGUCGCGCGAAAAUUCUUAGGCUUAAGACCGGUCCCAUUCUUCCAACCUCAGCGAGCGGAUACUCAGUCAAUUCGCGUUCAUCUUCCGUUCCUCAGUCCGACAGCUUGUACAGCGUAAGCAGUGGAGGUUCAUCGGUAUCGUCCAGUUCGUGUGCUUCCGAUAGUAGCGGUUCGUGCUGCGGCGGUCACUGUUUGGGCGCGUACCCGAGGCAGCCCAUAACGGGCGCGCUGAGACGAUCCCAGCAGCACGCCAUGAAAAUCAAGCUUCAGGAGUACUGCCAUCCGGAACGAAGCAAUAUCAAUAGACUUCCGCCGAUAAAGGAGUCGCCCUAUUCUGGCAGCCCGUGUCAUAGCAGCGCACCACCUUCAACUCGAAUCAGAUGCGCUCAAAAAAUCGUGACCCAGCUCGAAACCGUUCCAAUACUGGGAAAAAAGAGAGAUUACAAAUACGAGAAACUACCGCAAGAAGACGACGAGGAGGAAAAAUCCGACUACGAUUGCAAGGACAAGGAGAGGAAGUGGUGGACGGAGAGGAGAUGGAAAGAAAGAAGUAAAAGCGAAGAGAGGAACGAUAACAAAAAGAACGAACUCGCCGAAAAACAAAUGGAACUGAAAGAGAAGCAGAGAAAGAUACGUUUCUCCCUUGACGAUUUGAAAGCAGACAAAAAGGUCAAGUAAAUGCCAAAGCGACUUAAACCUAAAGAUGACUACCUACCUCCUGGGUCUGCUAGAAGUUUCUGAGAACAACCUGUAAUCAAAUUUUCGACGGUACAAUUAUAUGUUUAGAAUAGAGGGAGACUAAUAGACGAAAAGAACAUAAUCUUCCUGGGUUAAAUCUAGUCAAUGUUUUAGGUCAAUUGUUUUUUCUAGUUCGUGUUGUAAGCGCUCAUUCUAAUGACGUUCUAACGUGGCCCGUUCAAUCGCACCACCCUGUACGGAUUCGAAAUCAAAAUAGCUAACAUAUCGACUUACUUCGCCCGUUUAAGACGAAGUGGAGCAAAACUGUUGUUUUUCCUUUUAGACGUCAGUAGACAGGGUGGUCAUAAAUUAUUGGCAAUAAAUAAAAAUCAAAUAAUCGUAGGUGAAUAUUUAGACAUAUAUUUUAAUGCUGGUUAUGCGGCCCUGUAUCAUAGGAGUUUAGUUUUGUAUACGUAAUAGUCGCGUUGUCAAAUUACAUGUAAUAAACUUGUACAGGGUGUUUGAAAUUACAAGGGUACUGACGUGAGUAAUAAUUGUAAAGGAUAAUAGCGUAAGACUAAUAAUACGAGCAAAUAAUUUUAAUCAUCCUGUAUUUAUUUGGAAUCAUCUUAUGAAAAUAAAAUUGUUACUCAUU